AUGCGACUUGCUGCGUUGAUUGCUGCCCUGGUCGGUGCUGCUCUUGCGGAAGUCGCAGCCGGUCCCUACGAUGGCUGGGCACCGCACCGCUACUGCAAUGACUUGGACCGCAUCGAGACUACACGCAUUCCACCGCUUAGCCCCGAGCAGUUGGAGCUUGUAGAGUCCCUCGAGCAAGUGCAGAUCAUCGCGCGUCAUGGAGCUCGCGCUCCUUAUGGUCGAAUCUUUUGCUGGGACGAGCAGAAGCAUAACCCCAUGAACGCGGCGUGGAACUGCACUCCGACUUCCAUCUCGUUUCAGGACACCAGUCCAGAGAAGGCGCCCAUGAGCGAGUUCGGCCGCAUGUAUCACAAGUCAUACAUGGACGGUCACAAUAUCCUCAACGGAGACUGCAUUGUUGGCGGCCUGCUUCGGCUAGGACGUCAGCAGCACAAGUCGAAUGGACAGUUUUUGCGUGACGUGUACGUGGGUAACAGCUCCCUCAAGCUUUUCCCUACUUCAAACUUGUCGGACAUUGGGUCAAAGGAGAUCUAUCUGCGUAGUGAUGACCAAGAACGAACGCUGGGAUCCGGCCAAGCACUAAUCGACGGACUCUUCCCAAUCGAUGACAGCCAGUCGCUGGAGCUUCGCCGAACGCUAUCGUGGGAUGUUGCCGAUAUUUCCGUCGACUACGUCAACGCCAACGAAAGAAUCUGCCCGCUCAUGAAAAACAUUGGACAGAUGUCCAACGAGAGUCCCGAGUUCCGGGACCACCUCCGAAACCCUUCUACCAUCGCGAUCGAGCACCACUUUGACGAUCUUGUCGGCAAGUUUUCCUGGGGCACAGUGCUAGAGUGUCUCAGCGUAGCUCGCUGCAACAAUCUUGAGCUGCCGGAUGGCGUGGACGAGGAUACGUUCGCUAAGACUUACCACGAAGUGGAAGUGCGCCAAGGAAUUUUUCUGACGUACAAUGAUUCGUGGUACGCAAAAGUCGCGAUGCAGCCACUGGCCCACGACAUGCUCACUCGGCUCGACAGCGUGCUCAACGGUGAUUCUGACGCACACAAGCUCUCUGUCACGAUGGCGCACGAUUCAACCAUCAUGCCAUUCUUGGCGGCAACAAUGAAAGAGAACUGGGACCGCGCUUGGACUCCGUACGCGAGUAUGCUGGUGAUCGAAGUGUACAAGACCAAAAAGGGCUCGCACGCCGUCCGAAUGAUUUUCCACGGAGAGCCUCAACUGCUUCCUGACUGCCGUGACACUCUGUGCAGCAUCGAGGAGUUCUCCAAGGCAUUUGCAUUUGCACGCAGCCCGCGCACCGAGCACGACUGCAAGUUGCCCGAACAAACAGAGAGGGGCAAAGGAUCUUCGUCAAGUCUGAUGGCCGCGAUAGUCGACGAACCCAACCGGUUCCACGCGUCCGACUACAUCGGGAGCUACCUGCUCUUUGGCCUGGUGGCUGUUGCUGGAGUUCUUGCCUGGCGGCGACGCAGCCAGUACCGUCAACUGCGUGAUCAUGACGAGAACCUCUCUCUCCUUUCGUAG